GGCGGCAGCGUGCAGUACCUCGCCUCCAGCAGUAGAUGGCGUCCCUGCGCCAGCGCGCCGCGCUCCUGCACCGAGACAGCUGAGUCACACAUACAUUUAGACCCAGAUAAAUAGAUACUGUGCGAAAAAGAGCGGCUUCAGUCAAGAAACUGCCCCGAACACACUGAGUUUUGACCCCAGCUGCCUCUGAAUACCGCGUCGAAAGAUGCUGACGAUAACACUGAAGACCCUCCAGCAGCAGACGUUCAAAAUAGAAAUAGACCCCGAAUUGACGGUGGAAGCUCUGAAAGAGAAAAUAGAGGAAGACAGAGGAAAAGAUGCAUUUCCUGCUGCGGGACAAAAACUAAUCUAUGCAGGGAAAAUCUUAAAUGAUGGCACCCCGCUGAAAGAGUACAAAAUCGAUGAGAAAAACUUUGUGGUGGUCAUGGUUACCAAGCCUAAACCAGCCCCUCCUCCACAAGCAGCCCCUCAGCCAACUCCCCAGCCAAUUGCAGCUCCAGCACCACCAUCAGCCCCAGCCCCAGCCCCAGCUCCAGCCCAAGCCCCAGCCCAAGCCCCAGCCCAAGCCCCAGCCCCAGCCCCAGCACUGGCCACUACUCCAACACAAGUGCCCUCAACGCCAACGCAUACAGUGUCUGCACCCACACCCGCCCCACUGUCAGUGCCUCCCUCCGAAUCCCCGCCCCCAGUCCCAGAAACCAUCUCACCAGCUUCUGUUGAAGCAACGGCAGUUCUGGACUCAAACACAGCGCCAGACUCAGCUCCAGACUCAGCUCUAGCUGCUAGCCUAGCCUCCGCUCUAGCUCCCGCUCUUGAAGCUGUCCAGGCGACCCCAUCCUCAACCCCCGCAGACCGCCCCACCCCUGCUGCCCAGCCAGAAGAGAAGCCGAGGGAAGACACCGAAAAUCAACCGUCUGCCACUGAACCAGUGCACUCCUCUGCUUCCAGCCUCGUCGAUGAACUGGGUCUCCUUGAAGAAGCAGCAUCAAUACUGGUGACAGGUCCGGCCUAUGAGAACCUGGUGUCAGAGAUUAUGUCUAUGGGUUAUGAGCGGGAGCAGGUGGUCGCCGCACUCAGAGCCAGUUACAACAACCCAGACCGAGCAGUGGAGUAUCUACUCAUGGGUAUUCCAGCAGAGGCCAGUGAUCUUCCACCUCAGGAGCCAGUUAGACAAAGCGCUCCAUCCAACCCCCCCACCCCUACUACACAACAACCACGACAGCCUCCAGCAUCCUCAAACAUCCCCUCCUCAGCAGGGCUGGUGCCUGCCAGCCAACCUCCCACUGCUCCCGCUGCUGGUGGAGGCUCUGUCUCUACAGGGAACCCUCUGGAGUUCCUGAGGAACCAGCCUCAGUUCCAACAAAUGAGACAGAUCAUCCAACAGAACCCAGCCCUCUUACCAGCCCUGCUGCAACAGCUUGGCAGAGACAACCCACAGCUGCUGCAGCAAAUCACGCAGCACCAGGAGCGUUUUGUGCAGAUGCUGAAUGAGCCACGAGGUGGAGACACGGGAGGGGAGGGGGCUGAGGCCCAGGGGUCACCACACACCAACUACAUCCAGGUCACCCCACAGGAGAAGGAGGCCAUUGAGAGGUUAAAAGCGCUGGGUUUCCCUGAAGGCUUAGUCAUCCAGGCUUACUUCGCCUGCGAGAAGAACGAGAAUCUGGCCGCCAACUUCCUGCUGCAGCAAACGUGGGACGAUGAGUAACUGAAGAUCAGAGGACACAUCACCGUUCAACAGAGGGCCGCAGAGUGGAUGACAGCGCUACACAAGGUCCACCAGGGAGGAACAAGGACAGGGAGAGGAUAUUUGUUUUCAUGCCAUGUGACUGUGGUCUGAUGAUGGUGAUGAUGAUGAUAAUGAUGAUGAUGAUGAAGAAGACAUUCUGUUGCAAGUUAGCUGUGCUGCCUACUUUACAUUCUGCUGUGAUGAUCUUCAUAGGAGCCCACACAGAGCCAUGCCUCACUGCUGCCACAUCAUUACUGCUGCCGCUUGUGCCGUGUGAUGUACUGAGAGAAAUGACGGCAGGAAACACAGCAACAGUCUGCAUCACCUUCACAGGCCCCACGGGCUUCAUUUAGAGGAUUGCCUGUUAAACCACUGUACACAUGCAGUAUAUUCCCUUCAGAGCGCAUCUGUAGUGAAUGUACACAUGACAAAAACAUGUGUUCGACACGUUGGAUUUACCUGAAAAUGUGAUGCAAACCGUUGACUUUACUGUCUGAGAGCUAGCAUUAAAGUUGAAAUUUGAUCAGUUAAUUCAUUUUGCUUCACUGAUCCCGGAUACUAAAAAUAUCUUCAUCAUCCCAGAUACUCAAAAUAUCUCUGACUGAAUGAGUCCAAAUAGUACUAAUGUGUUCUCCAGGUGCUAUUUUGACCUUUCUUAGCCAUGGUUCUGUCCACUGAAAAUCACAUCUGAAACAAAUUGACAUGAUAAAAAAUUAUGUCAUUAUAUUGACUCAUCAUAAGUGUUAGUAUUAAUUAUUAUUUAUUUAUUUUAUUUUUUGCAGAAAUGGUUCCUUAACAGGAAAGGCAGACAUUUGAGGUUUGGUCAGAAUCAGUCUGCCGUAAGCGGCCGGUGAAGUCACUUCAUUUGAAACAUACGGUGAAUGAGCUGUUGCAUUCACAGUAUAUUAUCAUUGCCUGUUACUACGGUGUGCAGUAAUAUUAGUAGUAUUGUGCGGGUGAGAAGGGGGCACCCGGCUUGAAUUGAAUGAAUUUCUCUCAGGAGGGUUUGUUUUCUUAUUUUUGCAGAUGAAGGUAUUUGAAGAUUGGUUUGGCGAGGUGCCACAUAGCAUGUUUUGUGAGCUCAGUAUGUGACUUUUAAUUUGAAAGAAAAGUUGCGUUGUUUCUCAGUAUGUCCGCAGCUGGAAUGAUAAAACAUAGUCCACUUCCUGCUUUCUGACAAUCUGUCUGUGUUCAGUUUGUCUCACGUCUUCUCUUCUAUGCAUCUUAAAGCUGUACGAGUUUGAGCCAUCGCUCCUUCAUGCCUUAUUAUGGGUUGUCAAAGACUUGAACGUUUCCUUUUGCAAAUGAUGUUGUAGUAAAAUCUAGUGUUAUAGAUGUCUCACAAACGAUUGUCUUCAGAUUGGUGAUCAUCAUUAGAGUUUUAAUUAUCGAUAAUUAAUCACUUAAUAUGUGAAAGUGUUCUAAAGGGAGUGCUAGAAGCCAAAACAAAACAAAUAUUUUUUCAGCUUUUCAGCAUGUGCUUUUUGCUCUUUCUCCUUUUACUUCUCUUUAUUGCGUUUGAACUGGAAAUGACUGGAACGUUUUGUAUUAUAUUGUACAUGGGGUAUACAAACUUUUGGGGAAAAAGGCACUUUAUUAUAACAAAUGCUGCUCUUUAGCUGUGAGGGGUUGUUGGUUGCAUGAGAGUGUUACAGUUCUAGCAUGGCAGUGGGUUAGGAAUGAUGAAAGCACCAGUGUGGUGUUGCUCUCAUCUCCGUUUGUCUGUUGUUUUACCCACCAUGUCAUUUUUCUGUUUUCUUUUUGGGUUUCUAAAAAAAGAAAAAUACAACCUUAAAUACACCAUUUGAGGUUUUUGCUGAAUAGUUGUGAAAAACUUUUGUUUCAGCAUUGUGUAAAAUAAAUGGCUUUUACAAAG